AUGGUUCAGCAUGAAUUUAUAAGCCCGCAGAGAGAAACGGAUUUACAGAGAAAUGGUGAUGCUAAUAAUGAGCUACUUUCAGCUCAAGCUCACAUAUGGAAUUCAACCUUCAGCUUCAUCAACUCAAUUUCACUAAAAUGUGCGGUUCAAUUAGGAAUUCCAGACAUUAUUCAUCAACAUGUCAAUCAAUAUCAUCAACCCAUGACCCUUCAUCACUUAGUCAAUGCCCUCCCCAUAAACCCUGCAAAAUCCCAAUUCAUCCAUCGCCUAAUGCGGAUUCUGACCCAUUCGGGUUUCUUUCAAAAGGAGAAGAUAGGAGAAGAAGAAGGCUAUUCUCUUACUCCGUCAUCUAAACUCCUGUUGAAAGACAACCCUUUAUGUCAGACGCCAUUUUUGAUGUUAAACCUUGAUCCAGUCUCAAUGAAUCCAUGGCAUCACUUAAGCCAAUGGUUUCAAGAGAAUAGCAACGUCGAUGGUAGCACGGCCUUCGUCACGUGUCACGGAAAAAGUCCGUGGGAGCUCUCAGGGAAUGAACCGCGGUUGAACCAGCUUUUCAACGAGGCAAUGAUAUGCGAUUCUCGGCUGGUUUCCAAAUUGGUGAUCGAAAACUGUGGAGAUGUUUUCUUAGGGUUGAAUUCGAUGGUGGAUGUUGCUGGCGGAUCUGGAACUAUGGCUAAGGCCAUGAUUGAUGCUUUUCCUGGCUUGAAGAUUAUUAUUGUCUUGGAUCUUCCUUAUGUGGUUGAUGGCUUGAAAAGUUGUGACAAUUUGACCUUCGUUGGAGGGAAUAUGUUCCAAGCCAUUCCUCCUGCUGAUGCAAUUUUUUUAAAGUGGAUAUUGCAUAAUUGGGGUGACAAAGAAUGCGUGCAAUUACUUGAGAAAUGCAAAGAGGCAAUCCCAAACAAAGACAAUGGAGGCAAGGUGAUAAUCAUUGAUAUGGUGGUGAUGAAAGACCAUCAACAAGAAAGAAACAAUGGGACUAAUAUUAUUGAUCAUGAGGCAAAAGAAACUCAACUUUUCUUUGAUAUGGAGAUGAUGGUUCUAGUCGCUGGAAUUGAAAGAAAUGAGGAAGAAUGGGCAAAGCUCUUCUCUGAAGCUGGCUUCAAUCACUACAAAAUCACUCCUCUGCUCGGCUUGAGAUCCCUCAUCGAGCUUUAUUAUUACUAG